AUGAAUCCGAACCCUGCGACACCAGGUGUGACGGAUUUAGGACCCGAGGAUGUGUUGAUAUUCUGCGAUCUCAAGCGGCUCGUACAGCAGCCGGAUGGUAAUCAUAGAAAUGGUGACCCAAAUUUGCCCAUGAGCAACGACAAAAUGCCACAAGAAGAUUACAAUAUGUGUUACAAUUAUUUAUUGUCCACAAUAACAGCAGUAUACUAUAGGGGUCCCGUAGCUGCUUUGACCGAGUCAGUGAGCUCCUCAGGUCUACCAUUUUCAACAAUGCAAUUGUGCCCUUGGUAUCUUGAGCAGCAAGCGGCAGCCAAAUAUCGCACACACUCCAAUAUCAACCCCGUCAAGUGGUACUACUUGUUCGCAGACAAGCUUUCAAGCAUCACCGAAAAACAAAUAGAUAUGAUUGCAUUUCUUUGUUCAACAUUGCUACACGAGCUUACCCACGUAGUUCCAGUGAUAGUCGACCCUUUCGUUCCUUUAUCUACAUCAGCUACAGCUAAGAUCAUAGAUGUAAGUAAAGCGGAACACGGUCUAGAUAUUGGUCCAUACGGCUGGAAAAAUAUAGAACAGCUAGCUAGCCCUGCGGCAGAAGGGGGGGCUCCUCAUCUGGCAUACAAAAACUCAGACUCUUGGGCUUAUUUUGGUAUCGGCGCUCAGCAGCUUACACAAGGGAAUCGUAUCAAUCGUGACGAUAGCAUGUCGGACAUUGGAUGGACUGUGAAUCUAGACGGGAGUGUUGCGAAUAAUUUGUUAGUCAGUCUUGCUAACUGGACACCCGCCCGUAAACUAAGGACUCGAGACUCUGCUUCAAGUAGGCCAGCAGCUUUCAGAAAACUCCUUAAAGGAAGACUCGACAGGCAAGUGACACGGACUACUACUGAUCUUUCAAAGACCCCCCUUACUACGACCAGCAAUGCUACGUAUAUCAACGACUCUUCUUUAUAUGGAACACCGCUUCCAUCUGAGGAGAUCAGGGCUCGCAAGUCACAUCUCAUUCAAGUGCUUCAGCAAGUGAUGGCCUAUCAUCCUUCACACCGUUGUCCCCGUUAUGGAAAAAUUCGUCAAGUUCAACUUUUCCGCCGAACACUGGCUGUAGCGCAACAUCUUUACUGUCCUCGUGGUAUCUUAAUACAAAAACUUCUGUUACCUAUAUCCUGGGACAGGUAUCAUCCUAGUUCCACUGAAAACAUACUCGGUAUUUUCACAGCCUCAACCUUUUACAUUCCAAGUAUCACCGAUCUAAAAGUCUUUCCAACAUUAAUGGUAAAGAAUCCUGAUCCGAAAGGUACUGAUGAUACUGAAAUACCAUUUGUCAAAGUUACUAUUCCCGAUGGUCCUUGUGAGCCCCUUCCAAAAGUUCAUCACGGUGGCCUUUUUGGCGCUCUUUUUAACCUUGGGAGUGAUCUUGUGGAUGGGGUUCUCGAUGAUGCCUGCCAUCUAGUAUUUCCUAUCGUAAAAGGGGUUAAGCUGCCUUUACCGGAGUGGUUAGUACUGGAAAUCUACCCACCUCAAGAAUCAUUCCCAGACAGUCUUGAAGAAGAGAAAAGCUUAACAACAUCCACUUCUUUCAUAACGACUUCUACAUCAUCUUCAAAAUUAUCCAUUUCGACCACCGCUUCAUCAUCUUCGUUAAAAUCUUCAAGCUGUAGCGCCUCUGCUGUAUCUUCAUGCGUAGCUUCCUGUGCGGUUUCAGCUGGUAGUACUCAAAGCUGUAGCACAAUAUGCUCAAGAGUUACUGCAUGUUCUGGAACUGCAACAACCUCGUCCACCAUCUCAUUCAACACAUCUGAAAGCGGAAGCUGGAAAAUACAUCAGGUGCCAAGUAACUUCAUCAAUAUCCAAUCUUCCAUACAAUCUGUGCUCGCUGCAGCUUGGGCUUCUGCGCCAACAAGCUUCCAUGCGAGCUCUUACACAUCUGUAAAAUCUUCUGUAUCGCUAGCUCAGCACAUAUCGAGCACCUCAGCAGCAUCAAGCCAGCAGAGAUCGAAUAUCGCGAUACAAUCCACAAGAUAUUCCUCUUUAUCUGGAGUAAAUCCAAUUCUGACAAACACUAAAAGCGUGUUAUCAAACUCAUCCACAUCGACUAGUCUGCUUUUUGGUAUACCUACUCUCUCAGAGAUUCCAUAUUCAGGAAUAUCUUCGACGGCCACAGUGUCUGUCACUUUGUUCUCAAGUACUUCUCUCUCAGAAACGAAUCCAAAGUUACAACCUGGUACAUUGAGUGAAAAUGCAACCUUGUUUCUCACACAGCAAAGAGCACAAAAUCAGGAUUCAGAAACACAGAAGAUUCUUCUUUCAGUAGCACAUCCUCUAGAAGUAGCUUCAUCUCCGAAUCGGAGAGUGAGCGAAGCUCCACUUUCCAAACUUGAGGUUUACGUAGCCCGCUUACUUUCUAGCACAAGUCAAGUCAGUGUAUCUAGGAGUGGUGACGGUGGCAACACAUCCAGCUCUACCACAUCGUCACCACGAACCACUUCUUUCGCCGCACCUACUCGCUCUUCAACAAUUGCCGUUCCAUCAAGUUAUGUUCCAUCCACAACUACUCCAGCUAUUCAAGCCACUACUCCGAUAAAAAUGUUUCAAAUGAAUUUCUGGCAUCAAAACGACAAUAAAAAGAAGUCAACAGGAAACCUGUGGUACAUGUACGUCAAUAAAUUGACGGAUAUCAAUCUAAGUCAUGUGGACCCAUGUCAAACCACUGGACUUGUUUCUAUCCAGGACCAAAAUAUCACAAGUCAUGAUCCUCUUCCAAGUUCUAUCCCAUAUCCUGAAGGAAAGUUCUCCCUGCCCUCUAAGAGCGCAGGAGCUGGUUGCUACUAUGACGGGGGGCGGUCGGCUGUGGGUGAUGUAUUCUGUCCAGGUAAGCCGACCGUGUCCUGCCAGGACAAUGGGGGCGAAGUACCGGUCGUCUGUGAUGGCAAUACUAGUAUUUACCCGAUGGUUCUUUGUGGCUUAGAAAAAUAG